UUCUGUCAAAGGUAGCACGGUAGCUGUUAUACGGUGGCAAGACCUCAGUGCGAAGGAUCUCCGUGAAGCUGUGUCCCGGGGAACAGAGAAAAAACACAAACAAACCAUCCAACAGAGUAGGCAUUAAAACAAGUUUAACCAGUAAGAAUGGCUGAUGCAGAAGCAGAGGUUGGACUUCCACCCAUUGAGCGUAAACAAGGCCUCCAGAUAUGGAUCAUAGAGAAAAUGAAAAUGGUGCCUGUUCCCGAAAAGGCAUAUGGGAGUUUCUUCGAAGGAGACUGUUAUAUCAUCUUAAAUAACACCAAGACACGGACCGGCUUUGCCACUGACCUGCAUUACUGGAUCGGGCGCGACUCCUCGCAGGAUGAACAGGGGGCAGCCGCUUUCUACGUGACCCAGAUGGACGAUGCGCUCGGUGGCAACCCUGUGCAGCAUAGGGAAGUCCAAGGACAUGAAUCGGCCGCUUUCAAAAGCUACUUCAAGAAAGGCAUCAUCUACAAGAAAGGAGGAGUCGCUUCAGGGUUCAAGCAUGUGGAGACCAACAUGUACAACGUCAAACGCCUCCUUCAUGUCAAAGGGAAGAAGCACGUGUCUGCUACGGAGGUCGAUCUUUCCUGGAACAGCUUCAAUAAAGGGGACGUCUUCCUCUUGGAUCUUGGCAAAGUGAUCAUCCAGUGGAACGGGCCCUCCUGCAACAUCGCCGAGAAGUCGAGGGGAAUGAUCCUGGCCCGGAGCAUCAGGGACGGAGAGAGAGGGGGUCGUGCUCAGAUUGGCAUCAUUGACAACGAGAAGGACAGCCCUGACCUGAUGCAGAUCAUGAACGCGGCGCUGGGGGAGAGGCAUGGGGAGCUCCGAGAGGCCGUGGCGGACGAGAAAGCCGACGAAAUUCAGAAAUCCAACGUCCGCCUUUACCAUGUUUACGAAAAUGGCAAAGAUUUAGUGGUUCAAGAAAUUGCUACCCGGCCCCUUACGCAAGACCUCCUACAGCAUGAGGACUGCCACAUUUUGGACCAGGGAGGUUAUAAAAUUUACGUCUGGCGAGGAAAGAAUUCCAGCAAAGACGAAAGGAAAGCUGCCUUCAGCCGAGCAGUGGGCUUCAUCCAAGCCAAAGGCUAUCCCGCCACCACGAACGUCGAAGUCAUCAACGACGGAGCCGAAUCGGCCAUGUUUAAGCAUCUUUUCCAGAAGUGGGUAGAAAAAGACGAGACCCAAGGACUGGGGAAGACCCACAACGUGGGGAAGAUAGCCAAGGUGGAGCAAGUCCAGUUCGACGUCACACAGCUCCACGCGCGACCUGAGUUAGCCGCAGAGCAGCGGAUGGUUGACGACGCUUCUGGGAAAGUGGAAGUAUGGAGGAUCGAGAACCUCGAGAUGGCCCCAGUAAAUCCGAGAACCUACGGGCAGUUUUACGGUGGAGAUUGUUACCUGGUCUUGUACACCUACAUGACGUCAGGCAGACCUCAUUACAUUAUCUACAUGUGGCUUGGCCGCCACGCUUCGUCCGAUGAAAUCACAGCGUGUGCUUUCAAUGCUGUGGAGCUGGACAGGAAGUACAACGAUGAGCCCGUGCAGGUUCGAGUGACGAUGGGGAAGGAGCCGCGACAUUUCCUGGCCAUCUUCAAGGGGAAUUUGAUCAUUUAUGAGGGAGGCACCAGUCGCGACCAGAAGACUGAGCCGGAGCCCUCCGUCCGGCUCUUCCAAGUGAGGGGCACGGACGAAUUCAACACCAAGACCAUUGAGGUCCCAGCCCGAGCUUCCUCCCUCAACUCCAACGACGUCUUCCUGCUCAGGACUAACCAGGUCUGCUACCUGUGGUGCGGAAAGGGAUGCAGCGGGGAUGAGCGAGAGAUGGCCAAGACCGUGGCCGACAUAAUCUCUAAGCGGGACAAGCAAACCAUCCUGGAGGGACAGGAGCCGGCCGAAUUUUGGGCAGCCCUGGGCGGGAAAGCCCCUUACUCCAGUGACAAGAGGUUCCAAGAAGAAGUCAGCAAGUACCAGCCCCGCUUGUUUGAGUGCUCCAAUCAGACGGGACGGUUCAUCAUGACGGAGAUCUUGGAUUUUUGCCAGGAUGACUUGGAUGAGGAUGAUGUCAUGCUCUUGGACACAUGGGAAGAGAUUUUUCUGUGGCUUGGCAAGUCGGCCAACAGCUAUGAAAAGACGGAGUCCAUUGCCUCCGCCAAGGAGUACCUGAAGACCCAUCCAGCAGGACGCGAUGUUGCGACACCCAUCAUCAUGGUGAAGCAAGGUCACGAGCCGCUCAAUUUCACCGGUUGGUUUGCGGCUUGGGACCCGUACAAGUGGAGCGAUGGCAUGACCUAUGAGGAGAUGAAGCGAAGCCUAGGCAAUGUCUCUGCUAUAUCAGAGAUCACAGUGGAUUUGAAAAAUGCCAACUUGAACAAUAGGAAUGCCAGUACCAAGCCUGCCCUCACCCAUCCAGAAGUUUCAGGGCCUGGAAUAAGUUUUCAGCCUCCCCAAACAGAUCCAGCCGUCAGCAGCAGCAACAACAACAACAACAGCUAUAACAGCAACACCCCUCUUCUACAGACCAGCGGGGAUGGUAGUUUUCCCAGAGAAAUGCUGAUCAACAAGACGGUGGAUGAACUACCAGAAGGUCUGGAUCCCACCAAGAAAGAGUACUACCUGUCCGACGAAGAUUUCCAUGACAUCUUUGGGAAGAGUAAAGAGGAAUUCUACCAGAUGCCCAAAUGGAAACAGCAAAACGAGAAAAAACAAUAUGGACUCUUUUGAAUAGAGUUAGGCGUCUUCUGCGUUGUCUGCCUUCUUGUAGACUUCUUGGAACUUUUUUGUGGGGUAGGAAGUGGGUCAGGUGGCCAAAGGUGGAAGGAGAAGAGGCGGGAGAAGAAAACCCUACAAUUCCACACUGAAAAAGGACCCCUGAAAAUACACACAACACACAGUACUGUAAAAGAGUAAUGUCCUUACCUGAAAAUGGCAAACUAUUUUUUCCUGCAUACAUUAUACCAUAUUCCUGCCUGAGGAGAAUAGUGUGAUUUGAUUUGAUUUUGCCCAUUCACAUCUGAUGUGUAUAGAAAUUCUUCUCUCCCACAUGUGGGUGAAAAAAAAAACAGAUCUGCAGUUGGUCUUGCCAUGGGGUGGAAUUCACAGAUAAAGUUUGUGAUCUUUCUUACAUCAGAGACACAAAUCGGAAGCCCAAAUCCUGUCGCUUAGCUGCGCCUGCGUAACUCAAAGUUGCGCAAUACGGGCCAGGGCAGAAAUCAUACCCAGCAGGCAGUUUGGGCACACGGUGUGGUCGGCCAGGGUCCAACACCAUUGUGAAAUUCUGCAGGUCUCAACUUUACCCAAUCCAAUAAGAAUCCCGCCAGGAGACAUGAAAUGUAUGGAAAUGAGGCAAUACCUCAUUUGACCUCUGACACAUUUGAAGGCUACCAGGUUACGGAAAGCUAGAUUAGGGCCUCGGAAAGGGGAACAUGUCCUAGAAAUGCCACAUGAAUUUGGGGAGGGACUUCAAGGCCGAAGAGUGGAGGCAGACCUUUGCAUUCCUCCUGUGAGGAGAUCCCUUUUGCCCACAGAUCUCCCUCUCGAUCUGUGGAGAAGGGGAACUGCAGCAUCCAAAACCUCUCAUCUUCCACAUCCCUGGAAUGUGGCAUGGCUUCCAUCUUGUUUUUUCUCUCUGGUAUACUUGGGCAUGCUCAAGGCCACCUCGUAUUUUUAGAGGGG